AUGGAUAAUUAAAGUGAACAGUUUAAUGGUUCGAACUUUGUAAUUGGAAGUAACCCAUUAUUUACUAAAAGUGAAUUGGACUGGUUUGAUUUCGAGACACGUAUUCGUAGAAUUAUCUAUGACCUGCUGCUCCCAGUCAACACUCGUAUGAAGGAAGUUAAAGAUACAAAUGAACACUCAAGACUGAUUGUUAAUAAUAUGGAGAAGUCAGUUAACGAUUUCAGACUUACGAACAAGCAUUACGAUAUGAGAAUCAGGCAGAUUGAAGAAAUCGCCAAGAGACUUUACAAAUUGGAAGAGGAGUAAACAGCUGUGGACUAGAAGAUUCACGGAGUAACAAAGAAUGUGGCUAACUUGCAUCAGCAAAUAAUUGCAUUCUAGGGAGCGAUUAACACGCAGUUUCAUACUCUUGAGAAGAAUUUCAAUAGACAAGGAAUGUAUGAUUACAUUUAGGAAUAAGUAGAUGGUAUAAAGAAUGAGUAUAUUAAAGAGGUAAUUGAGGCAAAGCAAGAAAGAGAUCGCUACUUUGACACCUACAAGGAGUAGGUAGACAAUCUCACUGAAUCAAUUAGAUUGCUUUAAGCUAGAUCACUUAAAAUGAGUGAAGAGUUAGUUUCAAACAAUGUAAAGGUCAAAACCUAUGAGAUGCGAAGCACAAAAAUUAGAGAUAAACUCAAAGAAGUGCAUGAGAAAGUAAAAACAAACAAGAAUAAACUUGAAGGUAUAAACGGCCUAGACAAUCAUAAGAAAGAUGUUUCAGUGAGAAUGGCAUUCAUAGAGAACUAUAUUAUGAACACAAUACCUAUUUAAACACAACAAUUGAUUACUAACGCAAUGUAGCAAUCAUAAAAUACAAAAAGUAGAUAGUCAAAGUUCGCUUCAAUAUUUUCAAGCUAAAUCUAACAAUUAAUAGCUGAACAAAAGAAGCCUCAAAAUGAUGAAAAUAAAAGUUAAACUGGUAGCCCACUUAAGAAAUCUUCACAAAUAAGUUUGCCCUAAGUAAACAUUGAGAAUUUAAGCCAUGGAAAUGUAGGUGGAGGGUAAGGACCACUAUCUUCAAAUGAAUUUCAUCAAAACAGUGCUAAGAGCUUACAAACUAAUUAACAGUAAAAUCAGUAAAAUCAGUAAAAUCAUGUGUAGCUGAGUCCUAGGACAUUAAGAAAAAUGUAGGAAAAUAAAAACUCUGAAAAUAAUCAAAGUCUAAGCAAUCUUUAUGCAAAUAUGUAAGGCUCAAAUAAUAAUUAAAACCCCUCCGUAAUGAAUUUCAUGAAUAUCAUGAAAGGCAGUAGUUUAUUCUAAACAAUGGUCUAGCAUUAGAAUUAAGUAGAGAACAACUUCAGAAAUCAUCAAACUCAGCAGAGCAUUUAGCUCGCAAACCAGAUGCAGCUUCUGCAACAAUAAGUAACCUAUUAGCUAAUGCAAAAUCAAAGCAGGAAUAAUAGUAAUGACUCCCAAUAGCUAAAUAAUAAUGCCAAGGAUCAAAGAGUAUCUUUCUCACCCUUAUCAUCUAGCAAAAACAUCACAAAAAACUUAUUCAGUCCAAUAAGUUCAACUAAGAAUGACUAAUAAAAUCCAAGCAAUUAAGAUGACUUCCAAAGCAAAGCUCUCAGUGACAAAGGUGAUUCUAAUUCUAAAAGCAAAAGGCUAAGUGUUGGGAAAAGAGUGCAUGGUCUAAGCAGAACUAAAAAGAAGUCAGUAAGUAUUGUUGAUAAGAAGAACCAACCUAGAAAAUCAAUUACAAGAGUAGAUGAUAUCCCCUCCAAGCGUUUCCUAUAUUAAGAUAGAGAGAGUAAGGGCCAUUAAAGUUCUGACAGUGCAGUAUCAGGGACUGGAUAUGCUAGGCAACGAACAUAAUCGCUAAAACAAAUGGAUUCAAUAGUCAACAGAAUGGCUGCAAAGAUUGAUGAAACCAGAAGACAAUCUGAGUUCCCUUAGCAAAGCAGUCAUUAGGCGGAUUCCUCAUCCACGCCUAUGAGGCAACUUUUUAUGAAUUUAAAGUUCAAUACUCCAAUAUAAGAAGUUGAUAACUCAUUGUAUGGCUCAGAGUCUGGCUCUGGAUCUGGUGUUAAUAUCGUGGCUGGGCUAGGCACUAUUGCUAAUAUGGCAGCCAGCUAGAACGCAAAUAAAAAUCAAUUAAAUCCAAAUAUCUAUGAGUAGAGCGAAAAAGAGAAGACUAGCAGCAGAUAAAGUGAUGAAUAGAGGCCAUUCAGUGAAAGCUCUAAAAGCAGAUCAUCUAAACAAAGUAAAAAGUCAGCUCAAAAACCCAAGAAGAAGAGGACCAAGAAAAUAAAGCUAAAUUAGGACGAGAUAAAGGAAACAGAGAGGGAGUCAGAGGAUGAAAAGGAAGACAGCGAUGACGACUUGGACUUCGAUGACGACAACAGUGUGAGUGUUGAGAAUGUAGAUGAAGAUGAAAAGGCUCAAUAGCAUAAUCUAGGCUAGACUGAGUAAAUUAUGGAAGACGAUGACGAAGAACUAGACUCUGAUAGUCUUAGGACUGAUACUCUCACAGAGACUUCCUUGGACGAGAGACUUAAAAGUGAGUUCAGAUAGGUGAAUAUCAAAGUUUAAGACCUAGAAGAGAAAGUAGCAUACUUGGAAGGUAAACUUAAGUCAAAUGAAAAAGACUUCUCUAGGAAAGUGGAUCUUUCAAAGUCACAUAUAGAGUUAGUCGUGGAAGGUCUCAAGGACGAACUGGAAAAAUUGACUCACAGAUGGCAAAGAUUCAAAACAGACAACGACUUAUUUAACAAAGAGCAGCAGAACAACAUCAGCAAAGCUCGCGAUGAGUGCAGGAUAGUCAGGGAAAACAAUGAAACUGUGCUUGAUCUGUUCUAGUUGAUGCAGGAAAGUAUCAGGAUCCUGAUUGCAUUGCAAAUCUAAGACGAGAUAGAUAGAAAGUCUCUAUCCCUUGUUGGCCAGAAAUCUCAUUUUGUCAAAGCAAGCAGAGAAAAUGCACUACAGUCAUCUUAAAAUAUAAGGACAUAGCCCUCGUCACCCAGAGGAGCAGUUGGAGGUGUAAUUGAGAGAGUCGUGUUCAACUAGUAUAUUCAGCUAGAUCCACAAUGUCUGAGUUGCUCAUAAAAUCCAAAUGAGAUAAAAACUGCCUUCAAGUUGGCUUGUCUUUCCUAUAAGCCUUCAAACAUUGAGUUUAAAAAUAUAAUAUUUGAAAGGUAAAACCUGCUACAGCUACUGACAUUCGUCGUGGAUGAGACUGAAGUCCUAGAAAAUCAGUUGGCUAGAUAAAGUCAUGAGCACAAGAUCAUCAUGAACAAGCUUUUAAACCGAGUCACAGUCUGGUAGAAUGAGAAGAUUCAAAGGUCUUUUGGAGUUGAGAAACUCGGAGACAACCUGAAUCACAGUGGUCACCAAAGAAAUAUGAAUCAAGCAUCAACCAGUAUGCUUAGCUCCACCAAUCAAUUGCUAUCUGAGAAAUAGUAUCCCUUAAUGAAUGAAAACCAGCAAGUGUUCGUGAGGAACAGGAGGAAGAAGCAGUUCAGGAAUAUGAGCUCGCAUGGGUUCGAUACCUACGACAUGAUGAUUAAUAGAAUGCCUAACUUAUCGCCCCUCAGUCAUAUAGCACUCGCUCCCUUCCUAGAGGAAACGCAGUAACUUAAGUAGAUCAGAAGGCAGAGAGAGAUCCUUAAUUAAACUGCCAAAAUAUGA